AUGUCGCGGGAGGUGAAGCUGAUGGGGUGGCUGUACAAGCAGUCCAAGUCGCGGCCGUUCGGCCACCACUGGGCGCGGCGCUACUUCGUUCUGCGCGCGCAGCGCAUCAGCUACUUCCGCAGCCUGCCCUGGCAGCACGAGAUUCCGGUGAAGGAGUUUGAUCUCACGCCCAGAUGUCGUGUGGAGGACACAGGCCGGAUUUCCACCAACACCAAGGAGCUCUACACCUUCUGUAUACACCCAGAGCUUCCCAAGCCGUGUCUGGUGGGAACCAAGGACCCUGAGCUAGUGGCGGUGUGGAUGCAAGCGAUCAGGGAGACAAUAGAACAUAACGUGGCGCCCACUAUCAGAAUGCCGCUCACUCGCCCCACCAGCACCAACAGCCUAUCGGACGAGGAGGAGGGGGAAACGCCCCCACACCCCAACAUGUCCUCCUGUCGUGACUCUAUGGACAGCAGUGAGCCAUUCGACGGGGACGAGAUGGGAGCAGACGACUUGCCAACACCGCAGCGAGUGCUGCUCGACAGACGAGGCUCCAUUGGCUUUGGCCCCCCAAUGGAGCUGGGCAGCAUGCUGGAGGCCAUGGUGGCGAUGCGCAGUGCAUCAACAGCAUCAGGGAUCGCAUCCGACGGCUCCUGGCGCCUCAUCAAGCUAUCCAACGGGCUGCGCUUCUUUGAGGAGUUGAACGAGGAGCGCGGGCAGGCGGGCAUGUGUGGCAGUCUGCCGUGUCUGAGUGCCGUGGGAACAGUGGACGCUCCCAGUGACGCCGUCUUCCGACUCGUGCUCGACCUCUCCUCCUCGCGCAACGAGUGGGACGUGGCAUACGGGGGUGCACGAAUGGUAGAAGCUCAAGACGGUCACACGGACUGCAUCCACUACCGCUUCCGACCGCUCCCAGUCGGCUUCGGCCCCUUCACCCUCACAGCGCGCGACGUGUGCCUGCGGCGCUACUGGCAGCGCACAGGCGACGGCUGCUACGUGGUCCUUUACCAAUCCAUGGAGCACCCCCUAUGCCCCCCUGUCAUGGGCUGUGUGCGUGCCAAUCUCACCUACGGAGGGUUUAUCAUCGCCCCAGCGGGGCCGUCCGCGAUCGGACGGUCGGUAGUGAUGCACGUGUUGCAGAUGGAUGCAAAGGGGUUGCUGCCGAUGUGCAGCGGUGUUGCGACCGAAGUGCAUUUCUACCUGCUGUCGAGGGUUGCGGGCAUUCGGGAGUUUUUCGCGCAGACGAGGGGGGAUUCACUGGCUGCGCUGCUAGGGUUGAGGGAUACCCAGCAGGCUACAGCUGCUGCUACAGCCGCGGCUGUAGCGGCUGCAGAAGGGAGGGAGCUUGGAGGGGGUUCCCGACCCUCCACCGGGUCUCGACUAGCUGGUUCGGCAAGGGCGGCAGGUUCGGUAGACCCAUGGGCAUGGGCGUACAAGACGGGGAACCUGGCCCGGGGGUCGCCGAUGGGGGGGAUUAACUGCUGGAGCGAGGCGGAGGUUCGGAACUUUACAGUGCGGUCGAAGAGCUAUUUGAGGGAUAAGAUGAAGCAGAGUGCGGGGCAGCCGGGGAUGGCGCUGGUGGCUGUGGAUUGGCUGAAGCGCGUUGAGAGGAUUGAUCAUGUGGUGGAGCUCAAGCGCACCCCCGUGCAUGGAAUGCGCGAGCUGAUGGCCAGCAGUGACGCCUCGUCGCGGCCAUACUUUUUCAUUGUGAAUAUGCAGGUGCCGGCAGCGCAGCAGUACAGCAUGGUGUUCUACUGGGCCAUGGAGGAGCCGCCCACAGAUUCAUCCAUGCUAGGGCAGUUCAUCAACGGGGACGACAUCUUCCGCAACUCACGCUUCAAGCUCAUUCCCCGCAUCCACCAGGGCGCAUGGGUGGUGAAGAGGAGUGUGGGGACGACACCUCUCAUCAUUGCUGGUGCUCUCACCGUGCAGUACUUCAAAGGACCCGACUACUUUGAGGUGGAUGUGGAUAUUGGGUCAUCAGCUGUGGCCAAUGGGGUGGUGAGAUUCGUGCUAGGAUACCAGCAGCAGCAGCAGCAGCAGCAGCAGCAGCAGCAGCAGUCGCUUUCCCCGGCGCAGUUUUCGAGGGGGGCUCCUUCGCAGUCCCAACAAUCAGUCAAUGCAGUUAACGCGUUCAACGCGGCGAAUGCGGCGACAGUAGGGGCAAGAAACGUCACUUCAGGCUCCCUCGGGAUGCCUUACGAUCAGUUCCGCGACAUCCAACGACUAUGGGAGUCGCAGGGGUCGCUCAGUGCUGUCGCACAAGGAAGCGCUAUCGCACAACAAGGAAGUACUCUCGCACGACAGGAUAAUUAUUUCGCACAAGGCGAAACCGGAACAAACAACACCCCCCAAGGCCAAGCAACAGGGUCCUUCCGCGGAUUUAUCUCCGCUGAUGGCCCUGUUUCCCCGUCCGGAAGCAUGGUGGGCGGACGGAGUGGCGGAAUGGCGGGGGGAGGCAGUGCUAGCGGAGGAUAUGGCGGAAGGCAAGGGGGAUUCCCCGCGCCUGCGCUGCCUGGCGGAGAAUUCGGGACUCCAGGCCUGGGGGGCGGAAGAAUCAGGGGGCAUGCAGCAACAGGGGGAGGCGGAGGAUACGCCGCGGACAGCGCAACGAUGAUAUGCGCGGGGAUGGCGGGGGGAAGGCUGGAAAGCUUGCUGGCGGGGGCGCUACUCGGGGGAGGGGCUUUUCAGGCGCUAACAGGGGGGAGAGGAGGGGGGAAGAGGGAUGGGGGGGGGGGGGGGUUGAAUAGACCCACCACGUCACGUCCCCCAGCAGCAGCAGCCUUUCCAUUCGAGGCUCGUCAGCGACAGGAAGCGCAGCAGCACACACACAAACAGCAGGAAGCCCAGCAGCACACACACAAACAGCAGGAAGCCCAGCAGCAUACACACAAACAGCAGGGAGGGCAGCAGCACACACACAAACAGCAGGGAGGGCAGCAGCACACACACAAACAGCAGGGAGGGCAGCAGCACACACACAAACAGCAGGGAGGGCAGCAGCACAAGCGGUUCAAGGAGAGACCGCCACACCUGCAGCAACAGCAGCAGCUUCUUCCUCUCACUCUCUUUCCUCCAGCCAUCCGCGUUUUGAGACGACUCGACACUCGAUCAGUGCAGACACUGCCUCAGCAGCGUCGCCCUUACGCUCGCGUUCUUUCAGCAAUGCUCGCCUCUCCUCCUCCCAUGUCCCUUUUGAGUCAACUCAAAACGCAGAGACUGCUGCUGCAGCAGCGUCGUCCCUCCGCUCGCAUUCUUUCAGCAAUACUCGCCUCCCCUCCCAAGUGA